AUGUUCCCACAGUAUCAUCAUGUCCUCGUCCUUCGAGGUGUAUCCCCAGAACGUCCUGAGGAUGACACUCGCGGACUGUCCGUGAAGAGUCAUUCAGAGCACCGCUCACUAGCAUCAACACCAUCUCAGCAAAGCGAAGUUUCAGCGAGAGGCGCCGACAUCUGGGCACAUGACGCGACAACCAGACUCAUAGCGGCAUGCAAGCCGCAGGUUGAAAAGGAGGGCGCCAUCCCGAAAUCAUUUUGGAAUGAGGUCUCUUCUGCUCUUCAAAGAGAUGGAUACAUCCACACAGGAGUGCAGUGCUUCAACAAGUGGAAGAACUUGAAAAAAAAACACUACAAAGAAGUGAAAGACCACAACGCUCAAAGUGGAAACAGCAGGAAAUCGUGGGAAUUCCUAGAUGCUAUGGACGAAGUGUUUCAUAAAAAGCCAGAAAUUGUCCCACCAGCCAUUGCAAGUACGUCAUCAGGACUCGUCGUAAAUAGGGAACGUGAAGUAACUGACGCAUGCAGACCACCUACCAAGAAAUCCUAACGAAACAGUUUCGAUGAAGAGAGAAUGGCACUACUGGAACGAAGGGUUCAUGCGAUGGAAGACUUUAACAAGUUGUUUAAGCAGUAUCUAGACGCGAGGUUUUGAUGGGAGUUUCGUGGAUACAAUGUUGUUGAAGAAUGUGCAAAAACCAGCAUACUACACGGCACAGUGAGGACUUGUUUGCAAUGCAGGCCCUGCAUUGCAAAAAGGAUUUCAUUUUACACUAAAGGGGGCCAGUCUGCCUCACUCACAUGCGCAUUACAAUUUUUUGUUUGUAAGCUAUAACCUGCAGGUGAUGCAGUUUCUGUGUGUUUUCUUGCGGGAAUCCGAACCAAAUGUACAAUAAAAGCAUGGCAGUGUCCAAUAA